ACUACAAAACACAAAGUCGCGUGCGCGUGAGUGUUACCAUGGUAACGUGCAUAAACACGGUUCUGUUAGAGGCGUCAGAAACCGAAAACUUCGGCUCUACAACUUGAAUUAAAUCGGUUUGACUUUUACAUUAACAAAAAAAUUGUGAGCGUGGUAAGAGAAAUUCUUGUUUGACGCAACCUGUUUUCACGUUACCUCGCUAGUUUGCCUGUUGAAGUUGUGAUCGCAGUUAACUGACGAAUCAUUUUUAUAAAAGAUUAAUGACCUAAAAUGUCAGACUUUGAUGAAGAUGAGGUGCUAAAAGUGGACUCUGAGACAGAGGAUGAGGAGCAAGAAAGUGAGGUUGGUCAUGAUAAAGAGGGGAUACCAGAAGACCAGAUUGAGCCCUGUCCACUAAACCAGGACAUGGUAGCUAAAUGCUUAUCUUUACUGUGCCACACCGGAAACAGUCUGUCCCAUGCCUAUGUCAGACUUGAUCUUAACAACAAGGGUCUGACGGAUUUGGUCUUGCUCAGCUCUUUCAUCCAUCUGCGUUACUUAGACAUUUCCUCCAAUCAUUUGUCAGACCUCUCUCCGUUGGCUGGCCUUACCCACCUGCUAUGGGUUAAGGGAGAUUCUAAUCUGAUUCAACGGUGUGAAGGCCAGUGGUUUGACCAGCUCGGUUUCCUACAGUGGCUCAGCCUUGCAAGCAACCGUCUGUGUGAUGUGAAAGGCCUCAAAGCUACAGCACUGGAAACCCUCAAUCUUAUUGGUAAUGGCAUUCAGACAAUGCAAGGCUUGGAAUGUAAUAAUCUGACCAAUCUGGUGACACUUGAGCUUAGAGGAAAUUGCUUGGAAACUACAGAUGGCAUUUACCUUUCUAAUUUACGUCACUUACACCUGGCUAAGAACAACAUCAAGCGACUGGAGGGUCUGGAGAGGCUAGAGCAACUAAACACUCUUCACCUCAGAGAUAACCAACUAGAAUUAUUGGAUGGAAUCAACUCCAGUAUGAAAUGUCUCCAGUAUGUUAACAUCAGGGGUAACCUUAUAUCUUCUCAGAGGGCUUUGCAAGCUCUAUUUAGUGUGGAGAAAUCACUGAGGGUCCUUGUAGUCCUGGACAAUCCUUUAGCAAAUACGGAUGAUUACAGGCUGUAUUUGAUCUCACAUCUCUCCCAGCUGGAGCGAUUGGAUAAAGACCCCAUAACUGCUGAUGAGAAGUCUGAAGCCCAGGAGAAACUCAAGGAAUUUGAAGAUGAAUCUUCCCUGGAUGAGGAUAACUGAAUAGGCUGCAUGAAGCACUGAAGAAAAAUCUCUAAAAAUGAUGAAAAUCAUAAUUUUAUAUUCAAU